AUGAUCGCGUAACAGAAAGUAGGUCGGGUUACUCUCUAAAGAAGGCCUUGACAUUUAUUGUUUAUAUUUGAUAUUUUACACAAUAGAUGCAAGGUUUCUUGUCGUGAUUUUUUGCAGUUUAAAUUUCGACGUUACAUUUUACAAACAUUCGUGGCCAUUAGGACCUGGAGUUUUAAAGUUUUGAAGCGAAAGUUUCUAGUGACACGUCUGCCGUUCAUGAUUGCUCUAUAUAGUUCAGGACAUUUACGUUGUAUAACAUUGGAGACAGCAGGGACCAGUUAAUGAUAGAACUGGAUAUACAACCAUUGUUCUGUAUUGAAUUAUGUCGCUGGCGUUAAGAUGUGGGGUAAGAAAUAGUGUCCGAGCUUUGUCCAGGAAAUCCAGCAGAUCCCUGACCUCAGGCUCUACAAGUGGAGUAUCUCAGCAGUUUGAAAGGAAAGUUUUAAGUCAACUUCAGCGAUGCCAGGAACAAAGCAGGAUAUUUCAUGUGGCUUCAUCUCUCCAGUCUAAGACAGGGGGUGAGAAUGGAGGGGAGACAGGGGGAUCAGACCAGGGCACCGGGGGAGAGGAGGGAAGAGUCAGACCCUGUUCAAACUGUGGAGGUGCUCUCCACAUUGACUCCAGUGUGAUGAUCAAUGGAUUUGUAAAGUGUGACAGCUGUAAACAAAUGAUUAUGGUGUCUGAGGAGGAAGUAGAUCAAGAGUUUCUCAGUACAGAGGAAGAGGACAAGGGCUAUAUCCCCACUCCAAAGGAGAUUCACAGAUUUCUAGAUGAGCAUGUGAUAGGUCAGGAAAUGGCCAAGAAGAGCCUGGCCGUGGCUUCGUACAACCACUAUAAGAGGGUUAAAUGGGCAAAGAGCAGCAGUCAAACCACCCAGCCAAAGGCCAAACUUGGCGAAAAUCUGUUUGCAGAGUCCCUGGAGGCUGCUAUCAGAGGGCAUGCAUCCAGUGCCUUGGGGUUUAAUUCUCAUCAGAAGGAGGAAAGUGACCCCCCAUUGAUGUCUCCCGAGGACGACUCCAAACAGAUCACGUUACAGAAGAGUAAUGUGUUAAUGCUGGGGCCCACUGGAUCAGGUAAAACUCUGUUGGUGAAGAAGUUAGCCGAGUGCCUGGAUGUUCCUUUCGCGAUGUGCGACUGUACGUCUAUCACUGCCGCUGGUUACGUCGGAGAAGACGUAGAAUCCGUGAUCUACAGACUGCUGGAUAACUCCGACUUCGAUGUGGACAAAUGUCAACAAGGCAUUGUUUACCUUGAUGAGGUUGACAAGAUCCGAAGUAUUGUACCGGGUAAUUCUAGGAACGUUAACUCCUCCCGGGACGUGGGAGGAGAGGGCGUACAACAGGCUUUCCUGAAGCUCCUUGAGUCCAACGUCGUUAACGUGACAGAAAAAAUGGGGAAGCGAAAUGCACACGAAACCACCUACCAAGUGGACACCACUAACAUUCUAUUUAUAGCCUCAGGGGCAUUUACUGGUAUCACAGAUAUUAUUCGUAACAGAACUAAUCAAAAGAGUUUAGGCUUUGGUACUCCGGAGGAUGAAUCCAUUCUGAUGGAAAAUGAGGACAAAAAACUGUCUGACAUAGAACAGUUAAAUGUGAAAUAUGACCAGCUUCUGGGCGAGGUGGAGACCACCGAUGUAGUGAAGUUUGGACUGAUUCCAGAAUUUGUAGGGCGGUUCCACAUUGUGGUGCCGUUGCACAGCUUAAGUGAGGACCACCUAAUGAAAAUCCUGACAGAAACCAAGAACUCUCUUAUUGCACAGAAGGAAUUUCUUUUAGCCUAUGAUGAGUGUCAGCUGAUAUUUACAGACAGUGGUCUGAGGGCCAUAGCACAGAAAGCCUUAAAGAAGAAGACUGGUGCCCGAGGAAUACAUCAUAUACUAACCCAUAACAAUGAAGUCGAAGGGGACUUUAGGAGGAAGUGUUGCUGACGCCUAUGUAUGAAAUACCCAGCAUGCCUGAUGUGGAGAAAGUGAUAAUUACUGCAGACACAGUCAACAAGAAGGAACCCCCUACCUAUAUACGACGACCAAACAUAGAGGAACCAGUCCAGAGGCCUAUCCAGGCCAGCGGCUUAGCAUGAUGUGAUGUUCAGCGUAAUACUGGGUCCGUUUUUUGUCGGAUCUAUUGUUAAGAAAGUUGCUACAAUGUUGUGGCUGGUGGUUCUAGUGAGAAUGUAGACUAGUGAUUCAUUUGAGAUGAAUUUAUGGAAGAGUGUGUACCCUGAAACUCUGGAGAGUGAGGAAGAAGCUGGGAGUGUGUGGACUGUAUUGUUCUGUGUAAUUAAUCAUUAUACACAAUGUCCACAACGAUGUGAUUCAUCUUUCCUCUGAUUUAAAUGUUAUCAAUUGUAUUGCCGGUUAUAAACAAUUCCAGUGUUGGAAAGCAGUUUGAAGUAAAACCCAUUAUUUAAAAUCGGUGCACCUUCUGUUGAACUCAGUCAACUAGCCACGUGGACACAGGAGCCCCUUCUUGGAUGGACUUCUUAGUAAUACGUCUUAUUGUUUUAAAAUGGCAUUUCGUUUUUGUUAUUAUUGAAUUGGAAAGAUGUUUCAAGUACAAUUAAGAAUGGUGAAUUUUAUGUAAUAGUUCAUUACUUACAGAAAAAAAAAUAAAAUCCACUUUUUUCAUCCCUAAGGUAGAAAUACUCUUUUUAAAUUAUGAUGUGAACAGAAAAGUACAGGAUAGAUGUUUAGAUUGUUUGUAUUAUGGAGAUAUGAAACAAUGUAUGUAUUUGGGCAUUUUGUAGGAUUCGUAAAACUGGCUUGGAUUUCUCAACCAAAAAAAAAAAAAAAAAAUCCGACUUUUUUAAAAUUUUAGUUUUCUGAGUUUAUGUAUUCUUUUAUUUGAGUUUAUGUAUUCUUUUAUUUGAGCAGUCAAAAUUUGAGUAAAAUAUCAGACUGAAGUCCAAGUUUUUACAAUUUUUAAAAAAAUAUAUUUUUUUUUAAAUCCAUUUAUGCAGAAAUUACCCCCACUUUCCAAUGUUUUCAUAUCCCCAUAACAGAAUAACCCAAACACUCUCUGUAUUUUGAAGUUUAUAAUCAACAAGUCGGUGGGUUUUUUUUUAUCUAGAAAUACAUACAUUAAAACAGCAUUAUUACUGACCAACGUUCAUAUCAAAUGCAAACAUUUAGUUGUGUGUGAAAAUUUAUACAUAUCUUUCCUCAUCAAUUCUUGAAAACCUGACUGAAAUUAAUAUUAAUUUAAGUACAUUGCACUUUUGAAAUUUGUUAAAUGAUUUGUAAACACCAGAAAAUGGAAUAAUUUAUUUUGUUUUAUAUGUGUUUUUACAUGAUAUUAAAAGAUGCUUGGAUUAA